AUGCCGAACUCGAAGGAGAAUCUUGCUAACCAGAUGAACCACUUGACGGUUGAGGACCACCCUGCAGUUGCGUCGGAUCUUAAGACUUCUAAGAGCUCUGAGAGCUUUUCCAACCUAUUUUCAGGAAGAAAGAAAUUACACCACAAGUUAAAAGAAUUGAAGAACAAUAGUAGCGAGAAAUUGGAGAAAAAUAAUCGUAGCUCCUUAUUAUCACCAAGAAUGAGUAGAUCAAGCAAAGGCGAGAGCAGCAUCAGUAGUGACAACUCUCCCAACAGCUCGUCCACUAAGUUAAAACGAUUCUUCAAGAAUGUUCUCAAACCUCCCACCAAAGUUAAGCAUUCCAAGGCUAAGCAUGAGAAAGUUGUAGCAUCUGGGGCUUCUACACCCGAUUUCAAUCAACACGUUUCGGACGGCGGAUUCUUUGGCGCGGACGACAUGGACGAGCUGAUCCAGAAGUAUGGUAUCCCCGGAAGAUUAUUAGGGACAGGAGCUGGAGGUUCCGUCUCAAUUACUGAAAGACCUUCCGACCACAAAAUGUUUGCUGUCAAGCAGUUUAAAGCUAAAUCAGAUAGAGAAACCACCUAUGAUUAUCGAAAGAAAGUGCAAGGCGAAUUUUUGAUAGCUUCAAGCUUGACCCAUCAGAAUAUCAUUGAAACUUAUGAUCUAAUUGAAGAUGGAAAAUCCUUCUUGGUCGUCAUGGAGUAUAUACCUUACGAUUUUUUCAAUUUGGUGAUGUCGGGAUUAAUGACUAAACACGAGAUUGCAUGCUAUUUUCGACAAAUAGUCAAUGGUGUCAGCUACAUACAUUCAAAAGGAUUAACCCAUAGGGAUCUCAAGUUGGACAACUGCGUUGUCAACGAGAGUGGAAUUUUAAAAAUUAUUGAUUUUGGAUCUGCCACUGUUUUCAGGUACGAUUAUGACAAUACUAUCAUCAAAGCUAAAGGAAUUGUUGGAUCUGACCCAUACCUAGCCCCUGAAGUAUUUCAAACAAAAGCAUAUGACCCAAGACCUGUGGAUAUCUGGUCCAUAGCCAUUAUUUAUUGUUGUAUGGCUCUAAAGAGAUUUCCUUGGAAGAUUCCUAGGAGUUCAGAGUCUUCAUUCAGAAACUUCUGUGCCACACCCAACACAGACCUUGAUGGAAACUAUCUCAAUGAAGAAGAUAAAGCCAAAGAGGCCAAAAUCCAAGGUCCUUACAGAUUAUUCAGAUUGUUACCUCACUCCAGCCGUAGACUUAUUUCGAGGAUGCUUGAGUUGGACCCUGCAAGAAGAAUAUCUGUGGAGGAGAUAUUGGAUGAUGUCUGGUUUAGAAGUAUUGAUUACUGCCAUUAUGAGAUUGCAGAUGACUCUCAAUCUUCCAAUAACUACAAGCUUAUAAAAACAGACGAUCAUCAACACCAUUUGGUGACUGACGAUGACGAGAGGAGUGACGAUAAAUAG